AUAAACCCAAUAUUUAAAUCGCAUGAAUACUUCAAACUUUCCUACCAGUCAUCCGUGUUUUUGUAAUGACAGAAAGAAGAUUCCGGGAACUUUCACAGACAAAACAUACGGUGAAGCUAUUGAAGAAUUUAUCGCCUUGCGAGCUAAGUCAUAUGCGUACAAGAUUGUUGGACAGGAGGAAAAAAUCAAAGCCAAAGGCAUUCGCGGUCAUGUUGUUAAGUUUCAUAUGACGUUUGAGGAUCACAUGAAAUGUCUGUUUUGGAAUGGUACUCUAUUGCAGACGGAUAGAGGACAAGAAUUGGCAGUUGAGCAAUUUAAACAGCCAGGAUGUCCAACUAAUGAAUACACACCGUUUACAGUUAAUAUAUCGUUUAGAUCAUAUAAACAUGAAAUGAAGACAAUAUCAACAAUAAAACUUGCUCUUAAUCGGACGGACGAUAAGAGGGUUGUACUUGAGAAUCAAAUUAAUACCUUGGCUCACGGACACUUUCGUAUAGAGUGA